GUCAUUUCCGUUGUCAGGUGGUGCUGUCGCUGUGGAAAGAUGCGAUCAGCGACGAGCGGAGGCUUUUCCUUAAUUGCUCAUUUCGGUAACAGAGGCUAAACAAGCCGAAACCAAGCCUCUAUAGUGGGCUCUGCUGUUCCAGAGGGAAGCUCCGCACAUCCACCACAGCGUUUACCCGAGAAAUAUCCAUGUUGUGAGCAGACAACGCAGACUUUACCCGGCGGUUUUGGCUCGAGAGCUCCAGUAUGUCCAAGCGGCGCUCGUCGGAGAGGGGGGCUGGAGAGACAUCAGGGAGGGCCAGCAAGCUGCAGUGUCCUGGGAUAUCCGGCAACAACGCCAAGAGAGCCGGACCCUUCAUCCUCGGGCCUCGCCUGGGCAACUCACCAGUGCCCAGCAUAGUGCAGUGUCUGGCCAGGAAGGACGGCACCGACGACUUCUAUCAGCUCAAAAUCCUUACGCUGGAGGAGCGAGCGGACUCUGCAGGGGAGACUCAGGAGGAGAGGCAGGGGAAGAUGCUGCUGCACACAGAAUACUCUCUCCUUUCUCUGCUGCACAACCAGGACGGGGUGGUCCACCACCACGGCCUCUUCCAGGAUCGAGCCUAUGAAAUCGUGGAGGACAUGGAGGCCAACAAAGUACGCAAAAUGAAGAAGCGGAUCUGCCUCGUGCUCGACUGCCUGUGUGCUCACGACUUCAGCGACAAGACGGCAGACCUGAUAAACCUGCAGCAUUAUGUAAUAAAGGAGAAACGACUGAGUGAGCGCGAGGCCAUCGUCAUCUUCUACGACGUGGUGCGAGUGGUGGAAGCCCUUCAUAAGAAAAACAUUGUGCACAGAGACCUCAAGCUGGGAAAUAUGGUGCUGAACAAACGGACUCAUCGAAUCACCAUCACCAACUUCUGCCUGGGGAAGCACCUGGUGAGUGAGGACGACCUGCUGAAAGACCAGAGAGGGAGUCCGGCCUACAUCAGCCCUGAUGUGUUAAGUGGUCGGCCCUACCGUGGUAAACCCAGUGACAUGUGGGCUCUGGGUGUGGUCCUCUUCACCAUGCUCUACGGCCAGUUCCCCUUCUAUGACAGCAUACCUCAAGAGCUCUUCCGCAAGAUCAAGGCUGCAGAGUACUCCAUCCCAGAGGACGGCCGCGUGUCUGAGAACACGGUGUGUCUGAUCCGAAAGCUGCUGGUGUUGGACCCUCAGCAGAGGCUGACUGCAGGGGAGGUGCUGGAGUCGCUCAGUGGCAUUAUAUCCUCUUGGCAGUCUGUUUCCUCGAUGAGUGGCCCUCUGCAGGUGGUGCCGGAUAUUGACGAUCAGGUCAAUCACCCAGAACUUCUGCAAGAGGCCAAGGUGAUAGAAGAGUCUUCACAGUACGAGUUUGAGAACUACAUGCGCCAGCAGCUGCUGCUGGCGGAGGAGAAAAACACUAUCCACGAGGCCAAGAGCUUUCUCACCAAGCGCCAGUUUGGCAGCAUCCCACCUGUAAGGCGUCUGGGCCACGACGCCCAGCCCGUCAGCCCACUAGACGCCAUCCUGGCACAGCGUUUCCUCCGGAAGUAGUCCCGAAACCAGCCCACGGCAGCCUCUCUGACCUCCCCGGGGACACCUGAGGCGUCCAGAGAGGACCGAGGAGGAAUAAAAGCCCCAAAAACUGAACUCGCAUACAGGAGGCCCAGUCUGAAGCAGGAAUACAGACGGGCCCCGUUCGUAGGGUGGGCUUUGGGCAAGCUAAGGUGGAGCAGGUUGCGAGGAGGGCACCGGAACAAAAAAACUGCCGAUUUUAAAACUUCUUUUAAAGCUCCUCGUGCCUGGAUCCUCCCAGAGAAACACACGGAAAGCCCCCGGAGGAAGAUCUGAACCAAAGGCUCCUUGCCCUCAGGUCACCCACAGUCAGAUCUCACUGUGCAACCAAGUCGCACACGGGGCCGACACAAGGCUCCGCCCGGAGCGGUGAAGAGACGUUUCACCCCAAAUUCCUCCUCCUCCUCCUCCACCUCCUCCUCCUUUUGAGAUCUCCCUACUGUAACACUUCCCUCGUCAACUCUGGAUCCCCUGAGCAAUACAGGACCAGAAUCAUGUAGCAACCCCCCCUUCUCUUCCUAGUGGUUAUAAUGGUAUUGCCUCAAGUCAGAUCAGCUGAUCACAAGAUGUCACUUCUCUAUACCUCCAUUCCACCCUCCUCCUCCUCCUCCUCUCACUCCUUCCUCUUCCUCUCUACCGAAAAACGAUCCAGACCGGUCCCCCGUCUGUAACUCUGACUUCAAAUCAAUCUACCUCUCUGUCUCUCUUCUCUGUUGGUAAACCAUGCUCACUGUUCUGAGACAAGGGAUUGUAACAAUGGAGUCUUGAUGCCACCAGUGACGUAAAGCAUUAAUGUUUUCUAUCAGUGAUAAUGCU